UCAAAUAAACAAAAAAUACAAACUCGAAAACUUGUAUAUAAUUUUAAAUAAAAACAUUUUUAUUUGUUUAAAUAAAUAAAAAAAACAUUAAAAACAAAUAAUGAGUGAUACAAAAGUGAAUACAUUUUUCAUAUCGGAGAAAAUUUCCAAAGUGCGCUGGGUGCCGGAACACUUGAAAGAAAGUGAAAGAUUUUUAAGCGGCAGCUGGGAUAUGCCCAAAAACUUUGUACGCAUUUGGCGUCUGCAAAAGAAUCAAUAUGUGGAUAAUUACAAUGAGUACGUGCCCAGGUGUAAUGAUAAAUUGGCCAUGCCGGGAGAUGUAACGGGUAUAGAAUUUAUAACAGACGAGGCGGCUGUAGUUAGUUGUAGUGAUGGCCGCAUUACUUUAUUAAAAGUUAAGAAAGCUGUUGAUGAAGACACACUGCAGGAGGAGGGGAAAAGUGAAUUGUUACAUCACUUUGAGGCUAGUGGAGAUGCUGCUUGUUGUACGGGCAUAUCGGUGUAUGGCAAGGAGGUGGCUACUGUAGGUGAAGAUGGGCGUUUAAAUAUUAUUGAUAGCCAGGCUCAUUUGGCUGUUAGGCGUACUAUAGAGGCAGACAGUUUAUCUUUACUCUCUGUUCUCUAUGUUAAUCCGCAAGAAGUGUUGGUAGCCAAUCGCAUGGGUGUUAUACGCAUGUUUGAUAUACGCUCCUCAGCUGAAGCUACCCCCUCAGCAGCCUUUAUGACCUCCUGUGAAGAUGAUAAGCGCUCAAAUUAUGUUUCUUGUCUAACAUCACAUCACUCACCCCAUAUUGUUUUAGCUGGCUCGGAAGAGGGUUCCAUUACUGUUUGGGAUUUACGUAAUCCCGGUUAUCCUGCCUCUUAUCUCUCAGCCCACAAUAGUCCUAUUACCGAUAUUGGUUUUCAUCGCUCAGAUCCCUCUAAAUUGUUUACCGCUGCCGAAAGUGGUGAAUUAUGGUUGUGGUCUCAACAUUCCUCACUGGGUGUCGCCAGUGGCAUGGAACCCUCCAGUACGGAUAAUAUUAAUCCUUGGCUUAAUGGUGAACGUGCCAAAAAUCGCAUUAGUGUGACUUCGUUAAUAUCGGAUUUACGCAAAUCAAUCAAUACAUUUGAUUCACAAAGUUCGAAAAUUAUGUGUGGCAGUGAUAGUGAAGCGUUUUAUUUUGUUGAUAAUAUUUUGUAAGGAAAAAAAUGAAGAGAAAAAGAAUUUUCAAAUACAUAGUCUUAGUUCGUAA